AUGAAAAUUCCCCCUUGGGACAAUCCGUAUUACAAGUUACUGUCUCAGACGCCGAAUCAAGCUCACUCCGGGAUCCUAACAACAUCUUCUGUGCAUAACAUAGACUUCGACAUUUUACCCACAACAGACAUACGUUUGGUGGUGUACAGUACAGACGGCAUUGCUGUCGCCUCUCAGACUGGAACGAUAAGGAUAGCGGACGUCAAUGAAGCCUGUUAUUUCGCGGAAGACUACUACAGAAUUAUUAGAGAAGAAGGCAAUAGCGGAUCAACAUUUCCGCUUCCAAACUACAACAUAAGAGACCCUGACGCCGGCGAAACUUUCACAUUCCAAAAGACAUGUGGCAGUCCUUACGACAACAAGGUGUCAAUCAACACAAAUACAGGCCAGUUUUCGUUUCUUGGAAAUUAUGAUCUAGACAUUCCGGCAACCGUUACCAACUUUAAUUGUACUCUUACCGUGCGUGAUUCUGGAGGAAAUUCGGAUACCGCAAUUGUUGGGGUGUUUAUUGAAUACAAAAACGAAUUCUCUCCCGUCUUUUCAGCAGCCACGGUUUCGUUGACUUUGCAAUCCCAUGAGCUGAUUGGUGCAAUAGUAACAAACUUUACAGCGCAUGACAAUGACCUGUCUACAAAUCCUCAAGGGCAAUUUUAUUAUGUUUUAGACCAAUCAUCAAACUCGAAGGAGUAUUUUGGGAUUAUGAGUAAUGGUAGUAUUUAUAUCAAGGAGGAUUUGACUCCCUUGUAUUUAGGGAAAACAUUACGAUUGACUUUAACAGCAAAGGACUAUGGAACACCCAGUCGGCAAAGUUCUGUAUCAAUAACAAUUCAGAUCCCUUUGUCAACAACAACUUCGUAUGCAUCACCUACGGAUAAAGCAUUGGAGUUUGAAAAUGAUACAAGGAACUCUAGCAUAUUAGCUCUUGGUGGUUUCCUAUUCCUUGGAAUGCUUUGCACUACCGCUUUCAUAAUUUACAAGUAUACAAUAAGAGGAAAACGACUUUGCAAAACAAAACAAAAAUUAAAUGUUUCGAAAUCUCGGCUGCUAAAGGUUCAGAACGUCAGCUCGGAAUCAACAAACCACAAAGUAGAGGAGGACGACUCCAUAAACACAAGAAAAGAAUCAGAAUUUCCAGCAGACGUUAAGAAGCCUAUGCCAGUUUUAACUACAACCAGAGAAGACGAAUUUAAACCAAACUAUCCUGUUUAUGAUGGAGUGGACCAAAAUAAAGAAAAGGAGCGGAUGUUCAAUGUUGGAGGGUACGUGGCACUUGCCAAGAUAAUUCAAAAUACUGCAGUGGCAGAUAUCUGA